AUGGGUACGGACGUCUUUGUCAUCGCCACGUACAUCGUCAUGCUCGUCCUCCUCGUCGCGUGGGGCGUCUGCCAGUACGUUGGCCGGACACGAGCCAGCGUGAGCUUGCUCCCAGGCGUCGACACGGUCCAGGACCUCGCCACCACGGACACGGCGGCCGGCACGUGGACGUGCGCGGCCUGUGCGUUUGCCAACAGCAGCGCCGCGAGCACAUGCCUCUUGUGCGGCAUCGACCAACGCAACGCGACGCCUUAUGUCUGCGUUUCGACGCCCAAAGCCACGUCGGCGGCGCAGCACCGGCGCGACUGGCACCGCUUUGUGCUACCAAAUGGCCAGUACCGCUGGCAGCACGUGCGUGGCGAGCGCUUCGAGGCCAGCGCGUACGUCGUGCACGUGCACGACGCGUCGGUUCGUCCCGAGACGGUCGCUUCUUUCAACGCGCGCCGCCGAGAGGCGUCGGAAGACGUCGUCGCGGUCCAUGCGCUUCCGUUUCCGCAAAAGUUUCAGUGGUUUCUCAAAGCUGUUGCGUGGCUCAAGGCCGGGCAGCGGCACCGGUUUGUCACGCUUUGCACGGCGCGGCACGGCGAUGGCGACGUUGUGCAAGCCAUGUGCCGCGUCCUUGAUCCGCUCUCGGAGGCCGACGUGCACAAGCCGUUCUCGGUGCGCUUUGAUGACGAGCCGGGCGUCGACGCGGGCGGCCUCGAGCGCGAGUGGUACACGCUGGUGGCCUCCGCACUCUUUGAUCCAGCGACCGGUUAUUUUACGACAACGCACGGCCAUACCCUCGAGAUCGACGCGGCGAUGGACCCACAGUGGUACCGGGGCAUUGGCCGCUUCAUCGGCCGGGCCCUCUUUGACGGGCAUGCGCUGCCCGCGCGCUUCAACGUCGUGCUCCUCAAGCAUCUCGCGGGCAUGCCCUUUGGUCUCGACGAUCUGCGCUUCGUGGACCCGUCGCUGCACGCGAGUUUGCACUGGCUCGUAACGGCCGAGCAUCAUGACGUGGCAGCACUGGCGCUCGACUUUAGUGUCCUAUCGCCCGACGGUAGCGUCAUCGACUUGGUGCCGGGCGGCCGCGACGUGCUCGUCACCAACGACAACAAGGAGGCGUUCGUUGCGAGCUACGUCCAGCACCGCUGCGUCUCGCGCGCGUCCGCUUCUCUCGCUGCGUUUCUCGGUGGCGUCAACGACAUUUUGCCCUCGCGGAUGCUCUCGGUCUUUGACCACGAAGAGCUCCGACUUAUGCUCUGCGGCCUCGACGUUAUCGACGUGGCUGACUGGAAGCGCCACACGUUUAUCUACGGCGGCAACUGCGAGCAGAACACGAUCGCGUGGUUUUGGGACAUCGUCGCUGGCUUUUCACCUGCGCAGCGCGCGCGGCUGCUGCAGUUUGUGACGGGCAGUCCGUGCGUGCCCUUCCAGGGCUUCCGCGGUUUAACGACCCGAGACGGCAAGCUGUGUCACUUUACCCUUCGCGUCGUACCCAUGACCGACGCGACGAUUUACCCCGUCGCACGCACCUGCUGCAACCGGUAG